UAUUAGUGCAACCCAAGCCACUAAUUCGAUUGUUUUCUUAUCAAUUCAAUUUAGAAAUAAAUAAAAUAAAAUAAUAAAUAAACAAUGCUCAUAAAAAAAAAGUAGAAUUUAGUAGUUGUUCUAUAUCAGUGGGACGAACGAACGGACUGUGGACACUUUUAUAUUACGAAAAGUUUCGAAGUGGUGAGAGAGUGUUAGAAGUGUUUUUAUAAAAAGUGUUGUUCGAUGAUUUUAUUGAUAACCAUGUUUGUUUUACCAUAUUUGGCGAAAACGUUGUAUGACACGUUUGGAUGGACUCAAAAUGUUGACGAUGAGGAAACUGACACUGAAUUACAGAUGUCAGAAAUAUCAAAGAAACGAACAGUAAGUAGUGAAGUUAUUGAAACAGAAUCUAGUGAAGUGCAAAUAACACAUGCUGUAACUGAAGCUGUAACUGAAAGCUGUGUUGUGCGCAAGAGCAGUGCUGAACAAAAUAGUUGUGAAAUAAUAACAAAUACCAAAGCAAUUGAAGCAACAUCAACAGAUCUAACGCAAACGCAAACUGAUCCUGAUGUAUCAUUACAAGAUUUAAUUGAAGCAGAACUUAAUUCACGCUUAUCUAAUAAUAUUUCCACCACUAGCAGUAGUAUCGAGGAAAAGCUAUGCAUGACACAAUCUAAUACAAGUAUUGUAAAUAAUGGUGAAAAUGAUGAGGAUGAAGAAAAAUCAAAAGCCGAAGAAAAUUUAACAACUAAUGGAAUAAAUAUCGAUAAAAACGAUUUAAUUGCGGGUAACGAAAAUGGUGAACAAGAAAAUGAAGAAUAUAUCGAUACCGACAUUAAAGAAAAAACGUUUAAUUUUCUGGAAAAUGAAAAAGAACAUAUUAAUCAAACCGAAGAUCCAAUUGUACGGAUUAAUGAAGAAAACUCAGUAUUAAAAGAUGAUGACGAUGGAAAUACUUACGAAAUUGUACGGAAAAUUGAAAAACCAUCAUCAAUUAAAGAUAAAUUAAUGCUUGGUGGAAAUGACGAUCAUAUGGCGCUACUAUUUUCACAAACAAUUACAUCCCCAGCGUUCACACCGACCGAUGAAAAUUUCGAUAUAUUACAAGCGAUUAAACGUGAAGAAAAUUCAAUUGAUGAAUUUAUUAAAAAUGAAAAUUUAUGUCGUUUAGCUGUUGCUAACGAAGAUGAUAAUGGACAUCAUCCACAAGACGACCUGGUGCAAGAUAUUUCAAAUGGUGAAAUAUCACCAGAAGAUGAACGUGAAAUAUCACAAGAUAGUGAUUACUCGGAAUCGUUAACUCGUGUCAAAUCAACGAUUAAAGUACAAGAUUCGAUACAGAUUAUUGAGCAAGAGAUUAAGAAUUGUGAUUAUAUCUGUAUAUCAAAUGAUGACGAUGAACCUAUUGAACAGAAUAUUAGCGAGGAUACAAUUAUAGUUGAGAAACUAUCACCAAGUCAUGGUGAAGAUGAUGUCCAUCGAACACCAGAUCUUGUAGAAAGUGAAAUUCAUCAAACACCAGAUCUUAUUAAAGAUGAUAUCCAUCAUGCACCAAAUCAAGCUGAAGAGGAUGUCCACCAGGUGAAUGGUGAUGUCCACCAAGUGAAAGAUGAAGUAGAUAAUGUACAAGCGAAUAUAAAUGAGGUAAUAGAGAGUAAUGGACAUUUAGAAGAAUCGAAAUCUUUAAAUGAGAAGAUCGAAUUCGUAAAAGAUGUUGUAAAUAGUGAUGACGAUGAAGAAGAUGUCGAAAUCGAAGAAGAGUGUGCCAAUAAUACUAACAGUACUAAAUUAGUUCUUGAUUUAGUUAAUACAAGCACCACAAUUCAAACGAGUACAACGGUAUCCUCAGAAACAAUUGAAAACAGCAAUACAAUGAAUAAUUCAAACUCAAACAGUAUUGCAGAUAAUAAAACACAUCUAAAGAAGAAAAAAUCAAAAAAAUCGAAAAAGGAUCAUGAAAAAGAAAAUAUUUCUGUUAAUGAAAACAAUUCUACUAAUAAUCAUAAUCAUAAAGAUCAAUUAUAUAUUGAAGAUGACUUAUCACAAGUCAAUGUUCGAAAUUUGAAAAAAACUUAUUGUGAUCAAUCGAUAAAUGGAUCAAUAUCAAUUAAAAAAAGUGAACCAAUUAUUUCAACUGGAAUUUCAAUUAAACAAUUGUGUCGCAGUUUUGGUGAUUUAACAAGCUUGCCUGAUGACAAUAAUCCAUCAUCAAUGCCAAAUUCAGCGGUCGAAUCAACGGAAAGCUCUCCAGAUUCGAGAGCAAAGUCUAUGAUAGAUUUACGUAGAUUGGAUUUGGAGCCACUUUAUAGAGGUGUCUCUGUUAAAGCUUUGAGAGCUAGUUUUAUGAAUCUUGCAUCUAAUAAUAACUCUACUAAUAACAACACAAUACUUUACGCAACAAUUGAGCGUGGGUUUAGUUGGCGUAAAUGUCAACCAAUCAGCAUGUACCCACCUCUUAUUAUGCGUAUGCAGUCAUUUACGCAACCAAAAACGAAAUCCAGUUUUAGUAAGUUCGAUGCAUUGUCUAAGAAAACUAUGUUACAUGUACGAUCAUCAGAUGCUGGUAAAGCUCAAGAAAAAUUCAAUGGAUCAACGGGGUUAAUUGAACAAAAUUGUAAGGCUUGUUCUAAGCAAGUUUUUCAAAUGGAACAAAUGAAAGCAGAAAAAGCAAUAUGGCAUAAAAAUUGUUUCCGAUGUAAAGAAUGCAAUAAACAAUUAAAUGUGGAUACAUACCAAAGUCAUGAAGGUACACUUUAUUGCAAGCCACAUUUUAAAGCGUUAUUUGCACCAAAAGUUGUUGAAGAUACUCAACCAAUGAAACCUCGAAAACCUGAAUUAAUUAUUAGAGAAUCUCAACCUGUCGAAUUACCGCCUGAUGUAGUUCGAGCUAGUGAUAAACCAGAUCUUGGUCUAGAAGAAUUACAAUCGUUAAAUGUUAAAGAACGUUUUCAAGUGUUUGAACACGCAAAUGAACAACAACCGGAUCAUACAUUAGAACGGACAUCACCAAGUGUUAAACGUUCAUCUUCGAUUUUAUCCAAACUUGCCAGGUUUCAAGCGAAAGGUAUGGAUAUUGGUGUUAGUGAUGACGCAUUAAAUGGAAUUCCAAUUGAACCAAGUUCAGACGAAUCCGAGCAAUCAGAUGAAGAAUUAGGUGAAGAUGCAGAUUUAAUUCGUGCCAAAAGGAAAACCGCUCAAAAAGAGGAACCAAUCGUUUUUGAUAAAUUAGAUGAUUUAAAAUCACGAUGGGAGUCUGGUAAUCAAAUGACUAAAGAUGAACGUCGUGAAGAAUGUAAACAAGAAAUUCAAUCAAUUCGUUCCAGACUUUUUAUGGGUAAACAAGGUAAAAUGAAAGAAAUGUAUCAACAAGCUGUGGCUGAAUCUGAGUCAGGAGCAAAUGUUAAAAAAUCAAUACCAGCUGCUGAAAUCAGUGAUACAGCGAAAUCUAUUAAAGAAAAAUUUGAAAAGGGUGAAGCACUUGUUAAGGAUGAAGAAAAUCAUAAAGUUGAAGAAGAUAUGUCAAUAUUUGAAGCAGGUAUUAGCAAAAAAUCUCGAUCAAUCUUCAAAGAAUUAGAUGCUACGUCUGGUAAACCGCCAAAACUAGUCCCCUUAACUCCAGUCAAAUCACAAAGUGAUGUAAAAAGGGCAUAUUUACCACGACAAACUAGUGAAGAUAUUGUACGAAGUACAGAUUGUGUGGAUGACGUCCAAAUACAAACAGCUGAUAUAUCAAAUAAAUUUAAAUUCUUUGAAUCGUAUCAAGCCCCACAAACUGAACGUAAACAGUUUAGAAUAACACCACCUAGAGAAGGCGUAGUCAAGGAAAAUUCGCCAGAUCGUGAAAUUUAUCAUGAUCCAGAUGUUGUACGAUCAGAAGAAACAAUUGAAGAUCCAACAGUGGCUGCCAAAACGCAUACAGCAACAAAAAUGUUAUCAAUAUUCCGACAAUUAGAAGAGAAAAAUGCCAAUGAACCGGUUCCAACUGGACCCAAACCAUUAAAACGAUUCACACCGCCACCAGAACCUACACGUCCUGAUGAAGAGAGUGACGAUGAAGGUGUCACUAGCUCCGAAGAGGAAGAAAGUGAGACAGAACAAUCAACAGAUGUUAUCAGAGCUGUUGAUAAACCUACCGAUGAAUUUUUAAUACAGGCACAAAAUGCAGCACGAGCAAAACAAUUAAGAGCUAAAUUUGAAAAAUGGGAAGAGAAUGAGAUUCGACGAGAAAAUAAUUCUAGUUCUAUAAAUUUAGCUGAAGAAACUUCUGAGGAACAAAUAGAAUCUGCAAAAACUUUACGAGCUCGAUUUGAAUCAAUGCAAGAAACAACAACGACCACAAAAAUUGAAAAUAAAGCUAGAGUUAAAGUCCACAGAUUUGUAUAAAAAAACAAAAACCUAAGUCAUUUAUUAAAACAAACAAUCAAACCAACAAGAAAUGCAACUAAAGCUGAAACGUCGCGUCGCGUCUUUAGUCAUGAAAUCACAAACCCGCUAAUUCGCGUAUCUCUCUAAUUACUUAACAAUUUUUUUUAAAUUAAGAAAAUGGAACUGUAGAAAUAAAAAUAUAAACAAACAAAUAAAAUUUAAUAUUUUUUAAUAAUUAUAUAUUAUAUAAUAUUCAAAUCUUGUCUAGGACCUCACAGGUCUAAUAUUUGGCAAUAAUUUUAAAACGACUGAAAAUAAAACGAGACGCCAGUUGUUUUGGUAUCUCUAAAAGUUCCAGGAGUUAUGAAAUGAUUGUUAAAUAAUACACCUAGUUCCUAGAUUAUUUAACCAAGUACUCGCCAAUAUUCCCUUUAUCUCCCUCACACAAAGUUUUUCAAAUUCGCACAAAUUUUCCAAGUCAAUUUUUGUAUAAAAAAAAAAGGAAAAAUUUGGAGAAAGAGGAAUAUUGGCUAUGGAAAUAGCAUCAUAAAAUCCAAAAAAAUUUAUACCCUAGAGUUAAAUAUGAAAAAUGUUUCGAUUUUAGUGAUUUUUCGAAUGUGAUUUUUAAAUAAUGUUCUGUCAAUUGGUCAAAAAAAAUAUUUUAUCAACAAAAUGUUGUCGACAUAAAAUGUCCUCCAAAACUGUCCACAAUUCUGGUGAACAAAUCUAAUUCCAAAAGGUAUUUUAUUGAAUCAUAAAGAUCCGAAUUUUGCGUUAAUUCAGAUUUGAUACUGAUUUUAAGAUAUAAAGUAUAUAAAACUCAUUAAAUGUCAGAAAUGACCAGCAAUUACAAUUAAAGAUUCAAAAUCAGAUCAAAAAUAAAAAAACUAAAUAAGAAAAAGCGAAUAGGAAGUUUGAGACUUGAACACAAAAUUGAUUAAUUUAGAAAUACUUGAGGGACGCAAAGUUUAAGGGAAAGUUUUGAAAAAGAUUUCUUCACCAUUUUUAAAAACGAAAUUUGUUGACAGAUUUAUUAAAAUGUACGAACAAAUGCAUUUAUUCAAGUUCUGAAAAAUUUAAGGGAUAACAGCUUUGAAGUUAUUUAUUCUUCUAAAAAUUUAAUUUUUCAUAUACACAUUAUACAUUUACAAUUGAAAAUGGUUUUUCUAAACUGUAAAUUUAAACGCCAUUGACGUCAAUAUAUCGCUUUAAAAAUAAAACCACCACUCGGAAAAAUGAUAAAAUAACAUACAAAAUAGAAAAUGGUUUGUUUCUCAACUUAUACAGUUACUUAGAAACAAGCCCAAAAAUAUGAAUUUAGCGUAAUUCUGAUUGGUUCUCAGCCUCAAUGGGUAUCAAGACGUCAUAACCAAUUACAAAGACUUAAAGACUUGACGUAAAUGUGCUAUGGCAAGAACUGUUAUCCCAAUACGUUAAUUAAUGCAUUUUUUCUAGUGAUUUUCGUUCUGAAAUGAAUUCAUUUUUUAAUUCAAGAUUUUCUGCUGAAAUAUAUUUUGAAAAAUAAAAUUUGAUCCAAGUUUUAUAGAAUUAUUUUACAACUAAGCGCCGCAACAUGGUAAAAAAUGUUGCAUUUUCAUUGUUUACCUGCUAGUGAAACAUACUGUACUUUAAACUUUGGAUUUAAGUAAAAUUCAGCAAAAAUCGAAAAUGUAAAAUUUGUUUAAAACUGUUUUUUAU